AUGUGUUGAUGAGAAAUGUCAGUGUCUACCGAACUUCGAGCGAAAAGGCGACGUUUGUAAAGGACUUCCAGGCGCCAAUUGUACGGCUGACUCAAACUGCUUAGAAAAUUUAUCAUGUAAUAUGGGCACCUGUCAAUGUGGUGGUCACUACGAAGGAACUACCAAAGAAUGUCAUACAUUAGUGAAAAAUAUCGAUGAUUCAUGCACUGAUCACCUUGAUUGUAAAAAAAUUCCAUUUACCCAAUGUGUUGAUGAGAAAUGUCAGUGUCUACCGAACUUCGAGCGGAAAGGUGACGUUUGUAAAGGACUUCUAGGCGCCAAUUGUACGUCCGACUUCAACUGCUUAGCAAAUUUAUCAUGUAAUAACGGCACCUGUCAAUGUGAUGGUCACUACGACGGAUCUCCAAAGGAAUCUUAUAAAUUAGUGGAAACAUUUGCAGAUUUGAUCACCGAGAUCGUUAAAAAAUCACACCAUUUUAAAACGAUCGUCCUUAAUACUUUCCAAUGGUUGUAUUCUGCGAUGUGUAAUCGUUCAGUAUAAAUUCAACUCGUUACUUUAAUUUCAAAAUAUUUCAUUAUUCUGUAUAAUAUCUAUCACAGUAAGUUAUAAUGAAAAUAAUUCCAUACUUUGAGUUAUUAUUUAAUUGAUUACGUGAUUUACUUGAUUUGGUUUUUUUUUGUACUCUAAUCUAAAACACAGAUAUGAAAUCGAACAGUUUUAAUAUUUUUUUUGUUCAACGAACAUUUUUUUUAUUGAACCAACAUACAUACAAAAUUAUAAUUACAUAACUCUCAAUAUCUAUAAUUGUUUAUUUUUUUACAAUUUUAUUCAAACGACUAACCAGUAGAUUGGCAUACAAAGGAAAUUUUUUCAUAAUUGUACUCUCGGGAAUCAUUAAUAUCUCAUCAUAAUGUUGUUUUGAUGCUGUCAACUUACUCUCGACAUCAUUCAUUAAUUCAUUAAACGUCAAAUCCACCCCAAUGUGAGUAGUUUCCAUUUUUUUAAUUUCCUCAAGACAUUUGAACCGUAAAUUUUUUAACUUUACAUCUUCAAGUAUGAUAUUAAAAUUUUUUUUAUGCACAAAUACCCCAGCUGUUUUCAAUUUAACAAUAUGUUUUUUUAGUAAUUCACAUGUUGAUUCAUCAUCGCAGUAAUCAAGCGCUAUCUUAUUUUCACUAUUAAGUUUAUUAA